GCGAAACAUGCGUGGAUCAAAACUUGAAGAGCCUGAAAAUAGCAGACACUCUUUGAACGAGACGGGACCCUCAAUCGUAUCGUCGCUGCUUUAGGCUCUUUCAUCAGAAUUCGGAAUGCGAUAACGAUAGAGAAUCCCGGCAAAACUUCCCUUUCCACAUCUCCGGCCUGGAUCCCCACGGUCGUCAUUGGCAGCCCCGCUGUCAAUAGAGCAAGACCCAAAAGUGUUGCUUCCUGAAGAGCUGCUGGUUCCUUUUUUCAUUCCUCCGUGUUUGUGUAGCUCGUUACCUUUAGGAUUCACUCUAUCUCUUGUCGAGCCUCGCCAUAACCUUCCAUCACCUAGCCAGAAAGUAUCCCAACAAGACACUCACCGCCGCCGAGAUGGGUCGCAAGUUCUUCGUCGGAGGAAACUUCAAAAUGAAUGGGACUAUCAAGUCCAUCAAAGAAAUUGCCCACAACUUGUCCACCUCGAAGCUCGACCCUAACACCGAAGUCGUUGUUGCUCCUCCGUCUUUGUACCUCCUGCUCGCCCGAGAGCACCUUUCUCCGAACAUCGAAGUGGCAGCUCAGAAUGUAUUCGACAAGCCGAGCGGUGCCUUUACAGGAGAAAUUUCCGUCAACCAGCUGAAGGACAGCAAUAUUACGUGGACAUUGCUAGGCCAUUCCGAGCGCCGUACCAUUCUCCGUGAACAAGAUGACUUUGUAGCUUGCAAGGCAAAGGCUGCUCUUGAUGGCGGUAUUGGUGUCAUUCUGUGCUGCGGUGAGAGUCUCGAGGAGAGGGAGAAGGGAAUCACCGUCGAUGUGGUGACGAGGCAGCUAGAAGCAGUCAACAAAACCAUUGGCAAGGACGGCUGGAAGAAUGUUGUCAUUGCAUACGAACCCAUCUGGGCCAUCGGAACCGGCAAGGUUGCCACAACAGAGCAAGCACAAGAAGUCCACGCAGCCAUCAGAAAGUGGCUGGGCGAGGCCGUCUCUGCCGAAGCAGCUGAAGAGACGAGAAUCAUCUAUGGCGGUAGUGUGAACGAAAAGAAUUGCAGAGAGUUGGCGAAGCAACCUGACGUUGACGGAUUCCUUGUCGGCGGUGCUAGCUUGAAGCCUGAAUUUGUCCAAAUCAUCAACGCCAAGGCCUAGAGUUGAGAACACCGAGUGGUAUUGCCAGUAACCAGAAAAAGGCAUUGGAGAAGGUAACGAUCUCGAGACGGUGGAUAUCCGUGCCGUAGAAUUAUUAAUGUUCUGCGGUUUGACAACUAGGGCGAGGAAAAUAACGCUCUCAAAUGGGCCGUUCUCACGCCCGACAUUAAUAGGGAUUCCUUAUGACUAUAGCUUUACUUUCAUACAGGUUGGACAGAAAUUACCAGCCCCAAUCGCAGCAACGCCGCCCACCAUCGCGAAAGACUCCC